AUGAGUGUAACUGGAUCGAUUGAGUUCUUCAAUUUGGAUGAUGAGGCUAAACUUAUCUCACCUAGUUUGAUUAUUCGUGGUAAAUGUAAUGAGGAUAAAGAAGCUAAGACUAUUAAAGUGGAACAUCCCCAAUUGCCAUCUUUGGAGUAUCCUAUCCAUGAAAGUACUUUUAGAGCCACUGUGAUAUUAACUCCAGGUGAAAACAGAUUCACUUUUACUACUAAUACAGGUUUGCAACGAAUUAUCAAAUGUCAUUAUACACCUAUGCUACAAGAUCAGCCAGUUCACUUAUGUCUGUUGUUAGCUAAAGACUCUGAAUACGUAUUCGAUUCAACUACCUCUCAAAAGGAGAAAGAGAAAGGUCAUGGUUUGGAUCUAGCUAUUAAAAAGCUAAGAUGUGGUGCUCGUUUGAUGCAAGCUUAUACUAAUGAGCAAAUGCUGCGUGCUGGUUUUGGUAAUAGAACCUUCUCAUUUGUAGAAGAGUUUGCAAAGGAUACAUUAUUCAGAUCUCAAUCUACCAUGAGAAGCACAGUUAAGGUCCAUCUUUUACACUCUGAUAGAACGGUGGAGGAAAUCCGUGAUCAUGAUGUAGCUCAACAGAAUAGACAAGCAAAAAGAUCCGGUGCCUUGUAUGAAUAUGCAAUGGAAGCAUUGGUAAAGUAUGGUGGUCCUUUUACUAAUAGUGAAAAACCGGUUCAGGCUGCAGUUGUAUUUAUGGAUUCCCAUUGGGAUGGUCAAUUCAUUACUGGUCAUGCCGCAUUGGGUGGUGGUAACGACGCUAUUAAAUUAGCCAUUUUUGGUUCUCAUGGUCUUUACUCUUGGCCAACAUGUAUGGAAGAUAUUGUCCCAUACUUCAGUGAUGCAACAACUGUUAGUACCAAAGAAGUUGCAAAUGACAAUGGUCAGUGUGGCUCUCACUGGGAAUGUUUGACAGUAACUUUAGGUGCUUUUCUGCAUGAAAUUGGACAUUCUCUAGGGUGUCCGCAUCAAGAAUACGGUGUUAUGUUAAGAGAUUAUCCUGUUUUUAACAGAUCGUUUUUAACAGAAGAGGCAUUUUCGACUAGAACUAAUAGCAAUGGUGUUGCAUCCCCAAUUGAUCCAUCCACAGAAUGUAAGUGGCAUCACCUAGAUUUGUUAAGAUUUUUAUACCAUCCUUCCUUUACUUUACCUGAAGAUUAUUAUGACCCAACCUUCCAUAGACCAAGUAAAAUUGGUGGUUUUGUUAAUCCAAGACCUGCUGUGUAUCCAUUAGGAAAUGAAACAUGUAAGAUUACAUCUAAGGAAGGUAUAUAUUCUAUUGAAAUAUUUUGUGGAGAUUUAGCAAAGGGUUAUAUUGAAUACUUGCCAAAAUCUCUUGGUGGUCCAGGCCCUCAGACAGAAGUUACAAUGACUUUAAAAGAACUUCAAUCACACAUUCCUGCAGAAAUGAUUGGUAAGUACGGAGAAUCAUUUGGAAUCAAAAUCCUUGCUGUUAACGCUCCAGAAGCUGAUAUAGGUGAUUUUGCUAGUCUUUUAAAGGUUAAAGGAAUCCCAAUGGAGAAGUAUGGUUUUUCAGCAGAUGUAAAGGGUAUAAAAUCAGUAACUUUUGGCAGCGCUAAUGCUGGGUCAGACACUGGCAUAAUUGCUUUUCAUCCAAAAUCAGUUAAAUGUGUGAGAAUUUAUUAUGGACAAGCGCUAGAUGGUAUGAGAUUUUUCUUAGAAGAUAGCAAUAUUCUAUUUGGUUCAGAGACAUCUCAUUUUGAAGAUUUUGAAUUGGAUAAAGAUGAAUAUAUUACAAGAUUCAAUGUUAGAUCAGGUCAAUGGGUUGAUGCAAUUCAAGUGGUGACGAAUAAAGGACGUGAAUCCAAAAUGGCAGGAAAUGUACAUGGUGGCGGUUUAGGAGUAUUGGAACCUCCAGAAGGUCAUUUGAUAAUUGGUAUGCAUGGUAGAUUGCAACAAUGGUUACAAGGCAUCGGUAUAGUAUAUGGUGAAUUGUGA